CGCUUCGUGUCGCCCCAUUCGCUAAACGCCUUUAAGAACUACAGAUGCGGCUGUCAGUUGGUGUCCGCCCCCGUAAAGCUUCCCGCGCACGCAGUGGCUAAGGAAACAGCGGCACGGACAAAACCAGUCAUACUUUCCUAAAGGCUCCUUUCGCAUUUUUGUUGCUACACUACCUGUUCAGCCUGUUUCCAAAAUGCCCCGCAUCGAGAAUGACAUCAAGCUGGACUUCAAGGAUGUCCUCCUCCGUCCAAAGCGGAGCACACUCAAGUCUAGGAGCGAGGUGGACCUCAUGAGGAGCUACACCUUCAGGAACUCCAAGGGCACCUACAGAGGGAUCCCCAUCAUCGCCGCAAACAUGGACACUGUCGGGACAUUUGAGAUGGCCCUGGCCUUGCACCAGUUCACUCUCUUCACUACGAUUCACAAGCAUUACUCUGUCGACGACUGGGUGGAGUUUGCAACCAAGCACCCCGAAUGCAUAAAGAGUGUAGCGGUCAGCACAGGCACCGGUGAAAGCGACUUUGACAGGAUUUCAGCCGUCGUGGCGGCGGUGCCCGAUCUGCAGUAUAUCUGCGUCGACGUGGCCAACGGCUACUCCGAACACUUUGUCCACUUUGUCAAAGACGUCAGGGAGAAGUUCCCCUCUCACACUAUAAUGGCAGGAAACGUCGUGACGGGGGAGAUGGUGGAGGAGCUGAUCCUCGCUGGCGCUGACAUCAUCAAAGUGGGCAUCGGACCAGGCUCUGUGUGUACCACCCGCAAGAAGACGGGGGUGGGGUACCCUCAGCUCAGCGCCGUUAUUGAGUGUGCAGACGCAGCCCAUGGCUUGGGCGGCCACAUCAUCUCUGACGGGGGAUGCACCUGCCCGGGAGAUGUCUCUAAGGCAUUUGGUGCCGGAGCAGACUUCGUGAUGCUGGGCGGUAUGCUUGCUGGCCACUCGGAAAGCGGGGGCGAGACUAUCGAGAAGAAUGGCAAGAAAUACAAGCUGUUCUAUGGAAUGAGCUCCGACACGGCGAUGAAGAGACAUGCAGGAGGCGUGGCUGAGUACAGAGCGUCGGAGGGGAAGACAGUCGAAGUUCUUUACAAAGGGCCGGUGGAGGUGACAAUACGGGACAUCCUGGGCGGAGUCCGGUCCACCUGCACCUACGUUGGGGCCGGCAAACUGAAGGAGCUGAGUCGCAGGACCACCUUCAUCAGGGUCACCCAACAGCUCAACACUGUCUUCGGCAACGACAGCUGAGUGUAGCGCGGCCGAUGCAGAAGUCUGCAACACUGCCUGUUGGACUCCCGGAUCCUCUUUGUGCAUUGACAAUGUGUAAACACAAGUGACCAGACAUAUUUAUCCUUUAUUAUUUUCAAUUAUCUGUUAGUUUUAGGAGUUAGGGUUCCUUGACCUGUAGCUUUGACUUCACUGACAUUCACAGAAAUACUUUUCUAAGUCCCCUGUGACUCCGUAUUUCCUAUAAGCCACAAAGUGUUUCAGGGGGUCAGCGUGUCCCUAGACAGAAAGAUGUGAGCCAGAGGAGUUAGGCAUGUCUGCUGUCGCAUCAUUCCAACACAAGGUCCUUAGUUAUUCUUUUAAAAUACCUGCAAAACUGUGGCUGUCUAUAAAACGGUAUCCACAACAUCUCUCUAUGCUCUGUGCUGACAUUUUACUGUAAGCCUAUAUAUAUAUAUAUAUAUAUAUAUGCAGCGGGUGUGGCUAAUUAGAAAACAGAAAAUUCAAUCAUUCCUUCACUCAGUAAGUUUUGCACUUUAAUGAGUUGUAAUUUUAAAAAUAUUUAGUUUCCAUUAUUGUCCCAUAGAUAUGUUUUGUCACACACAGCCAUCACAUAGUAGGUAAAUUAGAUUUGGGAGAAUUUAUAAAUGGACCAGUAUAGGCUGAAUGCUGGAAUACAGAACCAGAGCACAGUACAUAGUAAGCAAGUGCUGAAUUCAUAGCAGAGGUGUUACUCAGUAUGGACGUUUACGUAGCUUUUCUCUGUACCUGACCAAUACCAAAAGUCUGUGUGGGUUAAUGUUGGUGAUGUGCGUAUUUUGAUACAUUCACGAUUUGUUAUAGCCUUUAAAGAAAGUGGUGAUUCCUUGGAAUUAGCCUUGGAAGUUUUACAGCUUCAGUAUUGUUUUGUUUUGUUUUUUUAACCGUCACUUUGGUGUGAAGAGGCCAAAUGUAAAAUCAGAAUGCAGUUUUCAAAUCCAUUUCUCUUUCGUCGUGUUUUAGCCAGUCAAUAAACCAUUCCACAACUUA